UCAGAUGUCAGGCAGCCACUCCACCACCAUGGCCCCGACGCUCCCAGAAAUACUAAACAAACUUCUUGUAGCGGAUAAUGCUGUCAUACAGGAGGGAACGAGAGAACUGGGAGAGGCUCUCAAAAAUCCAGGAGUGGUUGGAGAGUUGUGUCAGGUAAUGGGAACAUCCUCAGCUUCUCAAGUAAGGCAGUAUGCAGCAGUUAUCCUACGUAAGCGACUUGGCAAGGCACGGCACUGGACCAAACUUGAAGCUGAUGUUAAGAAUGGUAUUAAAGAGGGUGUGUUGCAAGCCCUAGUACGUGAACCAGAAAACAGUGUACGGAAUGCUAUUGCCCAGUUUGUGGGUGUGAUUGCACGCCACGAGUUACAGGCAGGAAACUGGCCAGCUCUCUUACAAUUUAUUCAACAAAUGGUACAAUCACAAAAUAUACAGGAGAGACAACUUGGUGUUUAUGUAGUUAGUGUGGUGAGUGGUGUAGCAGGUGAUCAACUCCUGCCUCACUUGCGCCAUCUCCUCCAUCUUUUCUCUGCCACCCUGGAUGAUACUGCUUCCCCGACAGCCUUCCACACCAUUCAGGCUUUAACCAACUUUGCACCUUUAGUGGACCAAGAUAAUAUGACUGAGUUCCAGGCCCUCCUGCCAAAAGUGCUAGAAGCAAUAAAGGCAUUACUGACCCAAGAUGAGGACCAAGCAGCUGAAGCCAUGGAAUUGUUUGAUGUUCUUGCAGAAUGUGAGGUUGCAUUGUUGGUUCCACACCUUCGUCCUGUCAUCCAGUUGUGUUUAGAUAUAAGUGGAAAUACAUCGCUUGGCGAGACAGUUCGUGUGAAAGCCAUCACUUUCCUGGGAUACAUAACUAGGCUAAAAAAGAAGUACAUAUUGAAGAACAAACUUGUGGAUCCUUUGGUGUCUGUGAUGUUUGGUGUGGCCUGCAGUGAAAAUGAAGAUGACUCAUGCCUUGGAUUUCUGGGUGGAGAAGAGGGUGAGGGUGGGAGCCCUAUGCAUGCUGCAGCCCAAACACUUGAUGCAUGUGCUCUGCACCUACCCCCAGAUAAGCUAUUGCCUUGUCUGAUGUGCCAUGUAGAGCCAGCAUUGAAAAGUGGUAACCCUCACAAGGUGAAGGGAGCCUACCUAGCAUUAGCCAUGGUAGCAGAGGGGUGUGCAGACACACUUCGCAACAAGCACCUUCAUCCAUUUCUGCAGUGCAUCUGUCUUGGCAUCACAAAUGAAAACCAGUUGGUGCGUAAUGGUGCCUUGUUUGCUUUGGGUCAGUUCGCUGAACAUCUUCAACCUGACAUCAGCAAGUACCAUGCAGAGCUUCUUCCUGUUCUGUUUGAAUAUCUCACUCAGACUUGUGUAGUUGUUGGCAGUGGAGGCAGUGAUCCACCUGGUGUAGAUCGCAUGUUCUAUGCCUUGGAAGUGUUUUGUGAGAACUUGGAGUCUGAACUUCUGCCUCACCUACCAGCCUUGAUGGAGAGGCUAUUUGCUGUGCUGGCUGCUCCUACCUCUGUCCAUAUGAAGGAGCUGGCUAUUAGUGCAAUUGGUGCUACUGCCAAUGCAGCCAAGGAACACAUGGCCCCUUACUUCCAGCAGAUUGUAGAGAUGUUGAAGGGUUAUCUCACCGUUGAUCAGUCUGAAGAAACCAUGACAUUACAGGUGCAAUCCAUUGACACUCUGGGUCAGUUAGCAAGAUGUAUGGGAGUAGAAAACUUUACAGUAUAUGCACCAGAUUGUGUGACACUGGGCUUGGGUUUGAUGGAACGCAAGGAUGACCCGGAUGUACGCAAAACAUGUUACCUUUUAUUUGCAUCCUUGGCAUCUGUAAUGAAGGCAGACAUGUCCCCACAUUUGCCCAAGAUCAUGGAACGCAUGAUGCUCUCCCUGAGAAGUACUGAUGGUGUUGUGACACACUUUAAAGAUGAUGAAAGUGUGCUACCAGCAACAAUUGAGGGAUUGAGUGAAUCAGAGGAAGAAGAAGAGGGAGAGGUUGACUUGUUAGGUAAUGAAGAAGGGGAAGAGGAGGAUGUAGCUGGGUACUCAGUGGAAAAUGCCUUUUUGGAGGAGAAGGAAGAUACUUGCGUGGCUCUCCGUGAAUUGUCACUACACUGCGGAGAUGCAUUCUUACCCUACAUGGAUAAAAGUGGAGAGGAGGUGUAUAAAAUGUUGAAUUACCCAAGUGAGGAUGUUCGACAAGCAGCAGUAGGUGCAAUGGCACAGUUUGUCAUCAGUCUAGCAAAGAGCUCGGCUCCUGAAGCUGCACAAGGCUUCGAGAAAUGGAUCCAGGUAUUCAUUCCAAAGCUCUCCGAACUGAUUCGUACUGAUGAAGAGAGAUCAGUGGUGAUGGCGUGCCUGGAAGCAUAUGCAGAGGUUCUAAAAGAAGUGGGUGCUCCCGUCUUAGUGACACAAGGUCAUCUCGAAGCCAUAAUAAACUGUGUAAAGGAUGUUAUGCAAAAAAAGACUAUGUGUCAAGAUAUGGCAGAUGAAGCCAGUAGUGAAGAUGAGGGUGAGGCAGAACAUGAUGAACUGUUAAUAGAAUAUGCAGGAGAAGUUGUGCCCAGUCUAGGAAAGGCCAUGAGCCAAUCAGAAUUUGCCACUCAGUUUACUCAGUUGCUUCCUCUCUUUGCUAACAAAACAAAAAAGAGUUGCAGUGUUGCAGAGCGUUCUUUCAGCUUUGGAACUCUAGCUGAGGCUGUGGAGGCUUUGGGCACAGCAAGUGGCCAAUUUGUUCCACAGCUGUUACCUCUGUUCCAAGAGGGCUCUCGAGAUGAAGAUGAUGAAGUUCGCUCAAACUCUAUUUAUGGAUUAGGGGUUCUUGGGCAGCAUGGUGGGGAUGCUGUUAUGGGACACUACAACAACAUCCUGGCCAUGUUAUCAGAGGCUCUCAGUAAAGAAACCUUCCCACGAGCACUGGACAACAUAUGUGGAGCUGUGGCUAGGCUCAUCACCACCAGUCCAACCAAUGUGCCUAUGGAACAGGUGUUUCCUGUGGUGUUGGGAUGUUUACCAUUGAGGGAAGACUUUGAAGAAAAUUCUACAGUUUUUGAGUGUUUCCUUGUGCUAUACCGUGCUCAGCAUCCCAUGCUUGCACAGAAUUUGGCACCAGUCCUACGUUUGGCUGCUCUUUUAUACACCACAAAGCAAGCAGAUGAUAAAACAAAUCAACUGAUUCAAGAGUUGGUUGCAAGUGUUAGUCGUGAUUUCCCUGACCAAGUGAGUUCUGUGGUUCAGAGUCUGGAACCUGAGGUAGCUGCUAGAUUGCAGGCCGCAGCAUCUGCAGCAUCACCAACAACUUCUUAGUUUUGUGGGUACCAAGCUAUGGUUACACUUUGCAACUUAUAAUGGCAUUGCAUAGAUUUAUUUUUAUUUUUUUUAUACUUAGGCUUCAUGCAACUGGUGCUUUGGAUAGUAGCAAAUGUGCAACCUGGUUAAUCAGUUAAUUAAGUUUACAUCCAAGGUUGAUGUGAUAUGACAAGAAAACUGUGCAUGAUCACUGGUUUUUAGAGAAUGCACAUGUUCAUGCAAUAAGCUUUAGAUUAGUAGCCAUUUGAGCUAUUACCUACUCCAUGCUUACAUUGAAUGAUGCUCUUUUUUCCCUUUUCACUCCCCAUCAGGUUUGGAAUAGGGUAUCGCUCAUUGUCCUCUGCUUGUUAGGUAUUGGAAUAUGCUUGAAGCUUGGAUAGUUAAAACAAAAUUAUAUUUUGAUUUUGCAUUAACAUAAUAUACAAACAUAUAGUCACAUAAAUCAUUGAAUUUUAGGCUCAUAUGAUGUGAGAUGAAGGAUUCUGUGCUUCGUUGUGAAGUACAGUGUAGCUAUUAUGUGAAGGUUCCCACAAACUCUAUAAAUAAAAGAGGUGAGAUUAAUUAAUGAAAGAAGACCAAGCUAUCGUUAUCCUGAAUGGUACCCCUGAUAUUAUUAUAGGUAGUAUAUCCUGAAAUUAUGCAAGGACAAUUUUAAAGUUAAAAAGAGCCAGUGAGUGAUUUAUUUAGAUGAUAAAAGUAUUAGCUAUGUUUUGUGUAUAAUGCCUUUACCUUCACAGUAGCAUUUCUAUCAUCAGCUCUCUAUGUAGUUAGCCUCAUCCUUCAACCUAAGGUAGGUGGCACCAGGGUAUAUUAAUCAUCUUGUGAGUUAGCCAGACAGUCUUGUGUAUAGAAAUCUGUGGACAUACCAUUCAUCAUUUCGCUCAUAUUUACUCAUUCUAUACUGUUCUAUAUGGGGCUUAGCUCUUGUACUAGUAGUCCAGUGACCCAGGCCAGUUUUAGAAAAUUAGGUCAAAGGGUCCGCAUUAGGGUGCAAAGCUGUACAUUAUACCAAUGCUCAUUUCAACUUUUUAUGGGAGAUGCAAUGCUUAUUUUUAGGCUCAUCAAUUUGUGUACUCGUUCCACCUACAAAUAUCCAGAAAAAAAAUCCCUUGUAUAGGAAGUUAGAAGAGGAAAAUUUACACUUAAGUUACUGUUCAUUGAUAUCCUAUUACAUUUGUCAAGUUUGUCAGUUUUUGUAUUGUUAAUUACUGUAUUGAUUGAAAUCAGUUUGAUUUGGAUGCUGAAAAUUUUUAUUAACUGACCAUUUAAUUUAUAUUUUUUACCAAUUCAUGAUUGCCGUCAAGAAUUCAAUGAAUUGAAUGAAUAGUAAUGCAUUUUCAUACUCCAAUUUUGAAGAAAAAUUCAUUUAAUAAUUUACCGGGUUUGUAUAGUUUCAAGUAUGCAAAUAAUGUUUAUUAUAUGUGUAAUUGGAUGUACUGUAUUGCUUUAUGUAUUGAGAGUUCAGUAAAAAAAAAGAAAAAAAAAAAUUGGCAUCCAAGCCACUGGAGCAGUAUACCAUGAAGUCAGUCUUGUGUUGUAGUACAUAAUAUACAAAUUUUUUUAUGUAUAUAAUACUGAUUACAGUGGAUGGAAUUGUAAUAAUAGUGCAAUAUAUUUGAGGAAAUAACCUGUACAUCAUACACUUAAUGGUUAAAUUCCAUUGUCCAGAUGCAGUUUUAGUUUUACAUGUCAAUGAUCAGAAAAGCUAAUGCAAUGACAUAUUGUCUGUAUGCUAACCUUACAUUUACACUUUUACCAUUGUCAGAUUUUCAUAAAACUUUUCUGGAAUGGUUCCCUCAAGGAGCACCCCUCUACAACUUCCCUAUGAAUCAGUUACAUAUUCUCAUCCAUUAUGGUGGCUAUCAUUAAAUUUUUCAAAUCACAACUGCCCUAGAGGAGUUAGUAUAAUUUGGAUAAUUUUUUAGGAAGGAUCUAUUGAUGAAAGUCAAAUUACCUUUUUUGGUUGCAUCAGUCAUGAUGACAAGCACAGCAUUAGUCCUAUCCAUGAAUUUACCCUAUCUAGUUCUUUGGAAGGCUUAAUCAAAUAACAAAGUUUUGUUCUUUGUUCACAUUUAUCCUAGUGAUAUUGUAAGGGCCAGGUGGCCCAAAGAAACUGCACUAAUAUUUAAAGUGUAAUUAUUCCCAGAAUAUACACCUGACGCUCACAAAUUUUAUAUCCAUAUAAUUUCAUCCAAUCGAUAAGCUUGCAUAAAAUGUUCAGAAUUCUACAUGCAAUGCUUCGUCUGAAAUGAUGGAAAAAAAAAAAUAA